ACAAGUUAGAAGACCACAAGAACUGGAAUAAAAGUAACUUGAAAUUGGCGCAUUGGAAUAAAGUAGCUUGGAAUUAAGUAUUUAAAAUAAAAGGAGUAAAAGUGUAGUGUUAAAGAAUCAGUAUGUCGUCACCAACGGAUGAUAUGGAGAUGGAAAAGAUCGCUGAAGAUGAACUGUCAAAGCUUCAGAGACAGUUCAGGGUGAUGGAGAUAGACCGUGCGACGGUGAUGAGCAGCGUCCAGCCAACCCUCAGGAUGCAGAAGAACAUCAUCGACACCCUCAACGGAGAGCUGGAGAAAAUCAUGCUCGAGCUGAAGUUUACAAAAAGCACGUCGAAUCUUCUAGAAAGUGCUAGGACGCGCGAGAAGUUGAUAGUCCUUCUGAAGGACCACGAGGCGUACUCCGCUGAGGUGAAAGAGCAUCGAGGAAUCAUCAACGAAUUAAAUUUUUUACUGACACAAGUUCAAAAAGAAAUUAAGAAUUUGAAAUCUAAAGGAUCUGGGACCGAAAAGGCAUACGCAAACACUCUUACCAACCAGACGGUGAUCACCCAGCUUGAAAACCGACUGGAUACCGCGAUGAAGAAAUUCAACACGGUGAACAGCGAAAACUACAGGAUGCGGCUCGAGAUAGACCGGCUGCUGAGGGACCGCCAAUUCUUCAACGGCAUCUGGAAGAACCAGAUCAAGCGGCUGAUGGACGGCAAGGCUCAGAUCCUGGAGCUAGUGGAACAAGCCAUCACCACGUACGAUCAACGAGAGGAGUGGUGCGCCAAGCUUGAAGCGCUGAAGGAGAAAGCCGCUAUCGACUAUAGAAAACAUUGCUUGGAAGUGCGUGAACUCCAACGCCAGUUAGACCACAGCAUGAAACUAGAAGAGUUCCUCAGAACCAAAGGCACUGUAAGACUAACAGCCGCUGACGCUAAGGCCGAAGCGAAGAGAUUAGAACAGCAGGAGGAAGAGAUGAGGGCUUACAACAACUAUGCUAACAUAUUGGAUGCUAUUAAGGAAUUUGCCGGAGAAGAUGACGUGGACAAAUUAAUACAGGAGUUCACGCGACGAGAAGAGGAAAACUACGCCCUCUUCAACUACAUUAACGAAGUUAACACGGAACUAAAGAACUUGAGCGACAACGUGAAAAUGCUGAAGACGAAUAUUGAUGAAGAAGCAGCCAAGCACCAGGCGAAGAUGUAUAAGCAGCAGGACAGUAUCGAGUCGCUUCGCAGUACUCUGGAAGAGAAACGCAAGGCCAAUGACAAGGCUAGGGGAGUGUACGACAAGAACACUGAAGUGUUGCAGUCACUAUUGCAUCAGAUUCAGACGUUGGCUUUAUCUUCAGACUGCGAUUCCUUACCUCUACUGAAACUGUUGGGCAAACCGUUCGAUAUAAACGCGACCAACGCGCGCCUGUACAUCAAGAGCUUGGAGAAGAGAAUCACUGAAAUGGUGGACCUUAUUAAAAUGGACGAGGCGAUCCAGCGCCAGUGCGAGAGCAAGGAGCGCACGCCGCCGUCGUCGCGGCGCCGGCGCAGACCCGAGCCGCGCCACCGACCCGUCGCCGCGCAGGCCUGAACACUUACCGACACCGGGGGCGAGGGAUGCAGCACCAAAGGCGUUCAAGCUGCUCACACAAAAAUAAAGAUUACCGGAAAAAGGAGCGUAUUUUUUUUUUAUUGUAAAAAAAUGGAUAAUUUAUUUUCUUUAUGUUUUUCUCUCCGGCGCCAUAUAGUUUUAAACGAGAUUUUGCCUUGACCAAAAAGUCUCAUAUCGUUUAAAUAAAACAACACAUCUGCAACUUU